AUGAGAUCAAGGUCACCAAUCUUAGGGCACCUUAAGAGGAGACUAAGAGGUGGAUUAGAGUGCCAUCUUCAUGGAAGAAUCUAGGCCAUUCACUAAGAGAGUUAGAUUAAUCAUAACCGUUUAUAGAGGGGCCUGAUUCUCUAGAGGAUUAAGACCUCUUGCCUCCCUCUUGGAGGGGACUUUUUAGCUCUCUCUCUAGUAGUGACUAGUCAAAGAAAAAAUGAGAAAAAUCAAGACUCGGUCAAUGGCAUUCUCGUGCCCAAGAUCAUCGUGGAGAAGAGACUACUUAGACUGCAUCAAGAUCAUUGCGGAUCAAGCACCACUCGGCCUAAGAUUGACGCACAAUGAGGUUUGUGAAAGAUCUAGAUUUAGGGUGUCCUUGUAAUCUUCUCUAUGGAUAAAUUCAUUCUUAGUUCAAAUUAGUUUUUAUCAUUUAUGAUAUUAUUUUAUUACGUUAGAUCCAUUCUCUACCUUUGCCACACUUUUUAUUUAUCUUAUCUUCACAUUUUUUAGAUUUAAUUACGUUCUUCACAAUCUCAAGUAUAUAUAUAUAUAUAUAUAUAUAUAUAUAUAUAAGAAAUAAAAUAAGUAAACUUCUUACUCUCAUUACUCCUACUCCUUGAGUAUCAACCCUUGCUCAUCCUAAACUACAGAGUGAGGUUUUAUAAAUAUUAUUUGCAUAAACUUAGUUACAUCAUGAUAACAUGUUUAACCUAUAAAUUGAAAUCAUCACUGGCUAUCGACAAACUUGUUCCUUCCAUCCCCAACUGCACUCAAGGCCUUUGGUGUGUGGUCAGCUCUUCUCUUUUUCACCCAAAUGAUGGGGAUAGUGUAAUAAACCCCUCUUUUUUAUAGAUCUCUCUAGCAAGAAACAUAACAUUUUUAGACAAUACUUCUGUGACUUUUGGUAUGGUGUGGCACAUUCGGACAAAACCAAGCCACCACACUAGUGUCUCUAGUUGUCUUAGAGGCAGACUAAAUUUAGACAAUAAUUUCUUUUGUAAUUUUAAUAUUUAUUUACCUACUUUUGUUAUUUAUUUAUAUUUUAUGACAAUUUAUUUCUGUUUCGUACAUAUUUUGAUAGAAAUGAGUAGAACUUAAUAAAACUUGAGGAAUGAUUUUUAUUCAUUUUCUGAAUCCUUCAAAACUCGUAUGAAAUCAAGUUAAGAUUGUGUUUAACUUAGUUAAGAUUCUUUUAUUUUCGAACACGAAAUUAGUGAGAUUAAAGACUGAUUAAUGAGCUUUGAAUUGUUAAAAUAAGGUGAGAGACAUUCAUGACUGGCCUCAUGUCAUGUGUGUGAAUUUUUGAACACAUGUUCAUUCGAUAAAUGCAGUCAACUCAAGUUACAUGUGCAAUUAAAUCACCGCAUUGUUUCUCUCUCCAGAUUAUUCAUCCACAUUUCUCUCUCCCUCUCUCAUGAGAGUUUUCUCUCUCCAUCUCAUCUGAGAUCUCUUUCUCUCUCUCUCUUUCUUUUCCUUGUUCCUUUCUCUACUUCCCUUUCUUUACUCUUCUUACCUCACCCUUCUAUUUUAUUAUUUCUGUUAAAUAGUGAUAAAAUAUUAAAAUUAUUAUAUAUAUAAACUAAAUUAGUUUUCACGAUAGAUUAGUUAUCUCUCUAUGUUGACAUGAGACUUAUAUCUAUGUUAAUAUCUUAUAAAGUCUUAGUUAUAAAUAUUAUUAGAUAAUGAACAUUUAAACACAACAAUAAGUGCACAUCAAUAGGUUAAAAAUAAAGGAAUGAUAUAAUGGGGUGAGAUAAGAAUAGGAAAUAAUGUUUAAAAUAUGGUGUUUGGUAUAUGAAUGAGCUACCUUCCAUAGGGCAAUUAGAAGGUCGAGGUCUAACAUGA